GUCUUCGGUUCUUGGAAGGAUACAUAAAGGAGAACCACCGCAUUUUUAAAGAUGACGAGUCUCAAGUCAAUAUUCGAGCUGUGAUGGCAGCAUAUCGUUCUAAAGAGCUGAAGCAUCAUCCAGGCAAGGUCUCCUUCUGGUGGAAUGGAGUUCAGGUCGGUCUCAUCAGCGAAGAGGAAGAGCGAGACUAUGAUUUCGACAAAUCGAUCGCCAGGUGGGAGAAGGAGUAUGGCCACAGCUUCCUAUACCGAGAGCGGAUUAGUUUGCCUGUUCCCCAGCUAGCAGCACUCUCGCUCUAUCAACCCUCUCAGGCGAAUUUCAAUCCUCUUAAUUUUCACCAGCCGAUGCACCACAAGAUGAAGGUUCUAGUUCAACUCCCUGGCUCUACGAUCACUCUCUGUGUGGAGGUUUUUGAUGACACAGGCUCGAGCUAUCUUGACUUAUUCUGGGACGACUGUUACGGACUCGGAAUGGACCCGCUAACCCUCUUGCGAAACUACCAAUAUGACUUUAUUGACCUGAAUGCAGCGAAUGGGCUGAUUCGUCGACCCUUGAUCCCAGUCACCCUUCAAUUUGUGGCUGCCGAUGACACGCUCAUAGGGCAACCGAUUCACACAUCGGCUUGCCUCUGCCUUGAUGUCCACAGUUGGGAAAGACCCAGAUGCUCGGGCUCGUCGCUGCGCCGAUCUCUUUUCACAGCUACAGCCCCAGGAGAUUUGGGGAAUGGAACGUUGAUAGUCGCCCCCCCCCCCCUCCCUUGCCGACGAACUGAGAGUCGAGAGUCAUGAUGCUCUCAUGAUGUUAUGACACCGAACGAACUCAACGCUUUUUGACUUCAUAAUACUUUGAAUAAAAACCCGGGUCUUCCUCUAACACUGUGUUUACGACUGUGGCCUAGUAAACUAAUGCUAUGUGUUAUUCA